UUCUUGGAUUAUAUUCUUUCUUCCGUAGUCUUCCAUCCCUGUAUCCCACACCUUCGCCCCUACCCUUUGUCUUUUCACGCAGAGACAAAGAAAGAGUGAAAGACAAAAGCAAAAAGAGCCUCGCUUUCGUGGCGUUUGGGUUACCAGAAAGAAAAGCCAAUCGAAACCGCGCAGAACAACGAGGUGGUGGAAGAGAAGGAGAAAAAAAAAUAUAGAGGGUCUUAGAGAAAGGGCAUUGAGGUAAUUCCACACCACGCCCCCUCUCUCUCCCACGUUCCACCCCAUGUUCACAUCAUCCACCCACUUGAAUAGCAACACCAGCAACAGCAAUAGCGAAACCACCUUUCUCUCCGUCGGUGGCGGUGGCAAGUUCUGGCUAAUGGCAGCCGCGGCCUCGCCCUCUACUCCGGCGGUGCUCUUCACCGCCCUCGCCGGCGUCGCCAUCGUCGCUGUGAUUUUCUACGGUGCCAGUAGGGGUCGGCUUAAAUCACCUUGGUCACAAAGGAAAAGAAAACAUGCCCUUUCACCUCAGCAAUGGAAAAGCAUGUUUGCAGAAGACGGUAGAUUCUGUGAUGGUGGAAAUAAGUUCCUGAAAAGAGUGCGCAGUGGAGGUGUUGAUCCUAGUAUUAGGGCUGAGGUUUGGCCGUUCCUGCUUGGAGUGUAUGACUUAGACAGCACCAAAGAUGAAAGAGAUGUUAAAAGAACUCAAAAUAGAAAGCAAUAUGAGAAACUCCGCAGACAAUGCCAGAAACUCUUGAAGCAAAGCAAUGAGAGAAAUAAGUUAAAUGAAGUUGGUGAAAUCAGCUAUGAGGAAGAUGGUGGGAGCCUCUCUCAUGAUUCUGGUUCUGCUAGUUCUGAUGAUGCAGCAAGUGCUAGGGAAUCUCUUUCUUGUGAGGAUAGGAGCCCUGAUGUUGAACAUUCUGACAAUCCAUCCAGUGCCCUGUUGGAAGGAGAUGACGUUCCUAAUGCCAACAACACUGAUGUUUCUACACUGGAUACUGAUUUUUCUGAUUCAGACUCCUCAGAAGGACCUGAAGUAAUUCAGACCGUUCCUUCUGAUGAUGUUCAGGAACAUAAUGAUCUCGACAAAGCUUCUGAGGAAGUCUCUUCUCCCUCCAAAGCAAAAAUCCCAUCAAAGCUACCAACUUCUGAAGAUUUUUCCACCUGGCAACGGAUUAUCCGACUUGAUGCAGUACGUGCCAAUGCAGAAUGGAAGGCAUAUUACCCCUCUCAAGCUGCAGUAUCAGACAGUAGGGCAUGUCGUGCUGCUGAGGCUGUUGGCUUGAAGGAUUAUGGUCACCUAGAGGCUGGCAGAAUCUUCCAUGCUGCUCGGCUAGUUGCUAUUCUUGAAGCAUAUGCACUAUACGACUCUGAAAUUGGUUACUGCCAGGGUAUGAGUGACCUGCUAUCUCCUAUAAUUAGUGUUAUAUCAGAGGAUCAUGAGGCUUUCUGGUGUUUUGUCGGAUUCAUGAAGAAGGCACGGCAAAAUUUUAGGCUUGAUGAGGUGGGUAUUCGCAGGCAACUGGAUAUAGUUGCAAAAAUAAUUAAGUUUAAGGAUGCCCACCUUUUUAGGCAUUUGGAAAAGCUUCAGGCUGAGGAUUGCUUUUUUGUCUAUAGGAUGGUGGUGGUAAUGUUUCGAAGGGAAUUGACAUUUGAACAAACUCUUUGCCUAUGGGAAGUAAUGUGGGCAGAUCAAGCAGCAAUCAGGGCAGGUAUUGGAAAAUCUGCAUGGAGUAGAAUUAGGCAGCGUGCUCCGCCAACAGAAGACUUACUGCUUUAUGCAAUAUCUGCUUCGGUGUUGCAGAAGAGGAAAUUGAUCAUUGAGAAGUAUAGCAGCAUGGAUGAGAUCAUUAAGGAAUGCAAUAGCAUGUCAGGACAUCUUGAUGUUUGGAAACUGCUUGAUGAUGCACAUAAUUUAGUGGUCACCCUGCAUGACAAAAUCGAGACAUCAUUGUCAUGACUACAAUAAACAGGCUAGUUUACAAUGCUAUCAUAAAAAAAUAUUUGGCUACCAGCUUUCUCAUGUGCUUCUAAAAUAAGCACUGGAUCCGCAAGAACUAUUGCAUGCUAUUCUGAGUUCUGCUGCUUAAACGUGCCACUGCUUAUUUGCUUUUUUUUGUGUCGACAAUGGUGGCUAAUGUGUGGAUGUUGUUUUCAAAUGGGAAUGUUGUCUUUUUGAUUCGAAUCAGGAGAUCUUUUCCUCUUGGGCUCUACUAACUUUCGUGCCAUCUGAAUAUCUUCGAACAACUCAUCGCUUCUCCAGGAUGCUUGAUUUUCGAAGGUUACGUGAAGAGAUGAAAUUCUUAAACAGUUAAAGUUUUACUUGAUUGCUUUUAGAAUCAAUAUCAUUUAGCUUUUGAUUCAAUUAGUAACUGUAAGUUUGAUUUUUCCAUGGGACCAAUUAACUGUGGUUAACAUUAAUUUUUUUUAAUAGAACAAUAACGGGGUAAGGUUCUAAGGUUGGAAGUCACGCUUCUUUGAAAUUAUUGUAACAGUUGAAAAAGUUCAUUUUUAUUUA